UAUGGAUGAAUGUAUUUCCUAAAGAGGACCGUAUUUUUCUAUCACAAGAUAUAUUAAAAAAAUCGACCAGCAAUACCGAUUUGAUAAGUCGAAAAUUAGCGUGAAGUCGAAUAUCGUAAGAUCGAUAAUUUCGAUUAAUCGAUCGUGCUCUAGAAGAGAGUGAAGAGCAGCGUGUAGUGGUUCACAUAAGGGUAUCUUACAUUUUUGUGUGAAAACAAAUUAAAAUAAUAUAAAACUUGAGAUGGCUUGUUUUGCAUAAUUUGAACAAGAAGGCAAAACAGGAACCUCUCAGCCUCCUUUUCCUUGUAGAACAAUGUCGAGCAUACGGUGAUAAAUUCAACCAAAUCGGCGGAAAACUACGUCACCAGUGACGGAUUCCCCUGAAACUGGGACAAAGUGCAGUGUACUCUGGCAUUGCGCUUUACCGGAAUUUCUCUCACUCCAUGUCCUAGUGGUUUCCCCUCUUCUCUCUCUUUCUCUCUCCUGCUUUCUGUCCCCCCCUCACUCUCGUAGAAUUAGCCAAUCGUCUCGUCAUCCUCGAGCCUUCGAUCGAAACUGACAGGUAAACAUCGAAAUUUUUCAGGAAGUUAAUAAAAUUAUUUAUUUUACUUUUACUAUUUAUGGUAUUUUCCUAUUUUAUUAAUUAUUUAUUCUUUUAUUAAAUGUUAAUAGCAAUAUUUAAUUAAUGUAAAUUGCAUAUUGGAUUUCUAUAACUAUUUUCAGUAUUACACAUGUAUAAACGUAAUUAACAACGAAUGGUGCAAGGUCAAUUGCAUAGUGUCUGGAGGGCUCGAUACCAUGUCAGAUGGGGUUGAUGGUGGUGGCGGGGAAAAUGAGGUAGAUUCCCAUUCCUGUUCGCAUGCCGACGUUGGAGAAUCCUCAACUCCAAAAGAAGAAGAAACUUUGGAUCCUGACAGCGAGGCUGCUUUGAACACCAAUUAUGAUAGCAGCGAUGGUGCAGUUCCUGCUUUUAGGUGUGAAAGGUGUGAAAACUAUGAAACUAUAAAUAAGACAGCAUUCUGCGCUCACCAGGACCAGUGUUUGGCCAGUGCUGAAACAGGAGAAAGUGUAGAGAAUAUUGAAACUGUUGAAAAUGAUGGAGAUGGAGAGGAAACUCAUUCCGGAAUUCGUUCUCACAGAAAAAUGUUUGAAUGUGAUGUUUGCAAUAUGAAAUUUUCUAAUGGGGCUAAUAUGAGGCGGCACAAGAUGAGGCAUACUGGUGUAAAGCCAUAUGAAUGUCGCGUGUGCCAGAAGAGAUUUUUUCGUAAGGAUCAUUUGGCAGAACAUUUUACAACUCACUCUAAAACCUUACCAUAUCAUUGUCCAAUUUGUAACCGAGGUUUCCAAAGACAAAUUGCGAUGAGGGCCCAUUUUCAAAACGAACAUGUUGGCCAACAUGAUAUGGUUAAAUCUUGUCCCUUAUGCAACUACCGUGCAGCAACUAUGAAAUGCCUUAGGUUACACUUUUUUAACAGGCAUGGAAUAGAUCUGGAUAAUCCAGGACCAAACAGUUCCAGUUCUUUAAUGAAUAGUUGUGCUCCAGGAGAAGCUAUGCCUUCUGCUCCUCUUUCAGACAGUGGAGAUAGUACUGGAAAUAGAUCUGCAGACAAUGCAACUCCGCCAAUGCAUUUUCUAACACCUCACAUAGAAAUAUCAAUACCUUACCCUGAACAAGCAGCAAAUCAACGAAAUCCAAGUCCUGCUCCCCUUAAUGGAGAUAGUCCAAAUAGUCCUCAGAGUGCAGACAGUAACAGUAAUGCUCCAAGUAGUAGUCAUCAUCAAUUACCUAUUAACAGUAGUGGUAUUCACAGGAAUCUUGGGGGAAGUGAAGAGGCAAUCACCCCUUCAAUUUCACUUAUUCCUAUUAAGCAAGAACCAAACAGCAAUGGAACAGAGGAAAAUGGAGCAACAUCUAGUAAUCUUCCAUUACCAUCCCUGAUAAAAGUUUCACCAUUGAAAUCUCUUCUUCGAGAUGAUUUACGACGUAAGCUUUCAUCUGGUUCUGGAAAUAAUAAUAACAACAAUAACAACAACAAUGGUAAUAAUAGUACGAACUCAAAUCCCCAUUCAAGAGGAGAACCUCCAAGUUCGACGAGGCCCGAUCAACGAAGCAGUGGACUUCAAUGCGCUCACUGUAGAAUUACUUUCCCUGAUCAAACAUUGUACUUUCUUCAUAAGGGUUGUCAUAGCGAAAGCAAUCCUUGGAAGUGCAAUAUUUGUGGUGAACAGUGUUGUAACUUAUAUCAAUUUAAUUCGCAUUUACUAAGCAAAAGUCAUCAGUAGUUAUAAAAGAGUAACAUUUUUUCUUAAGGACCUAGAACCUCGAUUAUAUGAAAAUUUAUUAAAUAGUGUAAAAAAUUGUUAUUGGAGAAAAUUGAAGGACAGACAAAAGGUUAUGAAAGUUAUAAAAAGGUAUUUUUUGGAUCUUCUAAAUGAAGCAGCUUUUUGUUUAACAAUCUAAACUGGGGUUUUUUUAUUUUAGUAUGUAUAUUAAUGCAUAAUCUCCAAUUUAUAUAAAAAAAAACGAGAUAGUCGAGGUUUCAGGAAUGAUUUUGGAAUCUGGGAAAAGUCGUGCCUUUAUCAAGAUACCUUUGCCAACACUCACUCGUCCGAAUCGUACUACUUUAUGGUAAUACGAACGAUCCGUCCAUGGGGCUUUACCAAAACAUAUUCCAGAAAUUUUGUCGGUAGUUUUAAAUCUAGUUAUGUAUAUUUAGAUAGAAAAAAAUAUUGAGUAUACC